UCACAAACAAACAAACAACUUAUAUCUAUAUAAACGUCCUUACCAUAUUGCAUUUUACUACCAUUUCUUUUUCUCCUCUUCUUUUCUUCUCUUUACCAAACUUUUUCUAUGGCUGGUCACUCCUACGACCGCAAUUGGGCCGAUCUUCCCCAAGAGUUAAUCGAAACCAUCGCCAAUUUCCUCGAUUCUCGCAUUGACGUUUUCCGAUUCCGUGCCGUCUGCACUUCUUGGCGAUCUUUCGUUUCUUCCACCCACCGCCGCCAAUCCCCCACCGCUCUCAACCUCCCAGCUCCUAUUUUAGCCGACGCUUUCCUCUCCAUCGCCUCAAUUUGCCGCCUAGAACUCGUCGACGACGCCGACGAGAGUUUCUCAAAGCCGAAUUCGUGGCUAACCAAAGUGGAAGAAUCAACCGCCGGCGAAAUGCAGCUCUUGAUCCCGCUUUCGAAUCGGCAAAUUAGGUUUUCUCCUGGUACGCUUCCCAAGAUGUUGAAUCUAUUGAAUUUCCGAUUACUAGAGAUUACUAAAGCUUGCACUCUUAAACUGAAAACCGGCCGGCCGGUUCUUGGUAUUGAUAAAGCCGUUCUGUUUCCGAAUCAUGUCGAUAUCAAUACAACGUCGUUCGGUAUAAUCGCUAUUUUUCAUGAAGGUAAAUUAGGUUACUGGAAAAACGGCGAUGAGAAUUGGACUUUGUUAGAUGAUCUUAAUUUUAAUUACGACGAUAUUGUAUUUUAUAAGGGUCAAUACUAUGUUGUUGAUAGAAACGGCACCGUUUCUUUAAUUGAUUCGUCGCUAAAUUUGAUUCAAUUCUCUCAUCCAUUACUCUUAUUUGGUGAUAAGAAGAAUUUAGUGGAAUCUUGCGGAAAUCUUUACGUUGUUGAUCGUUAUCUUGAUGGAGAACGGCGGAUUUGGCGAGGUAAUGAAGGUGAAAACAUAAUUAAUCAAGAACGGUUAAAUAACGAUGAAUUGUUUCUCAAUCUUCUUACGAAUUACCCUAGAUGUAGAGCUAAAACUGUUGAUUUUAAGGUUUAUAAGCUUGAUUUAGGAUGGAGAAGAUGGGUUAGUGUUAGAUCAUUGGAUGAUAGAAUAUUUGUUGUGAGUAAUGAGAUUAGCUUCUCUGUUUCUGCUAAAGAGUUUAAUUGUUGGGAAGGGAAUUGCAUUUAUUAUACUGACCCUAGUGAUGAGGAUUUCCGGGGCGGAUUGAGCGGUUAUGAUGCUCGGGUAUUCAAAUUGAAAGAUCAUAGCAUUGUUCACGGAUCGUCUUUUCUUGGUUGCUCUCCUGUAAUUCAGCCGCUCGCUCAACUUGGGCCGCUUAUUGUUUGAUCUAUGUUGCACACAAACUUAUCGAGUAAACGAAAUGUGUUCGAAAUUUUAUUGUUUCGGCGCUUCUCUUUUCCUACAGCAUAACAUUUGAUGUAGGUGAUUCAUGUUUUAAGUGUUCUGUGCAGUUGGUAGGGAGUGUGUGAAUUUAAUUGUAUGAUUGCAUAUGUAAGAAGCUGUUAUUAUCAAUUUAAUUUAUGAUUUUAAAACAA